GUUGCCACUGCAACCGGAUUUCCACUUGAACUCUUUCAUCAACACAAUCAAUUUAUCCCCCCCACCUUAAUACCUUUUUCACCAUUGCGCGUAUUUUUCUUUUAGUUUCAACAAUCGCAUCGCCAAAUCUGCCGUUGGUAGAUUUGUACGGUGGGCUAAGUAUACGUCCUAAUUUCAAAAUUUGACGUCAUUGAAGACUGCGUCAUUGCGCCCCAGUCUAUUCUACGUGGCCAAGACGGACGUGUCUAGCUGUGCUUAUCAGGCAUUGCUCAAUACAGACCUCGGGUGCCUAGUUUGCAUAAGGGCAAGAAAAAUCUGGCAAUUUUACGUCCCCCAGUAUUUAACAACAUUGCUCGCACACGUUUGAGGACGCGCGAUCAUCCAUCAACUACCCACGAUGUCCGAUUUAGAGAGCCUCGAUUAUCUACAGCCGGGAUUCGACGCGAGAACCCUAACGGUCCCGCGCAUACGGUCAAUUCUGGUUGCCCACAAUGUUCCGUAUUCUUCUAGUGCGAAGAAGAGUCAACUGGUCGAAAUUUUCAAUGAACAGGUUCUUCCCCAGUCUCAGAAGAUUCUAGCUGCUCGUGCACGAGCAAAGCGUUCAAGCAAAGGAAUCGUCGACGCAGAGUCACAAAGCAGCAGCAAUCCCUUUGAAGAACAUGAAGAGCUUGCACCGCGCCCUGUCACUCGCCGAUCAAGAUCACCAAGAAAAGCGUCGACCAGAAUCAAGACCGAAGAGCCUGAAGAUCUGCCAAUGCCCCCACGAUCAGCUAGUCCCACAAAACGAAAGUCGCGAGCCUCAAGCCGCCCCGUACAAGCCUCAGAUACAGACACUGCUCCGGAACAUGACGGCCAUAGGAUUAUGAGUAAAGUCCGACGACCUGCGCCUAAGAUCAAGAAAGAAGAUUCCGAAGAAGGUCUCUUCCGACGCACUUCCGACGUCUUUACCAACGACAACCCAUUUCAGAGUGGCAGUUCCCCGUCAGCUGUAGACCGGACCCCAAGUGUUCGUAGAAGAACAGGGGGCGGGGACAAACCUCGGAGUACGAGUAGUGGCACACGACGACGAACAGAGGUUCAUACUGCUCCUGCGCCUGUCCUUGCUCCUAAGGAAGAGCGCUUCAGCAUGCCUAGGAGUUUUGGCCCUCCGAUAGUCCAAAAGGUGCCCCUAAAGUCCGUGGAACCGCCUAUGAUCGAAGCUGGAGAGGAAUUUACUCCAGAAGAGCAGCUUCAACUCUCCGCUGAGGAAGCGGAGCAUGGAGAUUCCUCGAUCGCCUAUACUCGACAACCUCGCCAGCCGAGCGGGACUGGCUGGGGUACAAUAUUGUCUGUACUAUCCGUCACGCUUCUAGCUAUCUAUGGCGGGUGGUAUCGACAGGAGAAGAUUGCCGUGGGUUACUGCGGAGUCGGCCAAGCUGGAAGCUCGAUUCCUAACGAGAUUGAAACGCCAGAAUGGGCGCUAUCAGUCCUCCCACCCGUAAUCACGAUUCCGCAAUCUCUCAUAGACUCUGUUACGCCAGAGUGCGAACCUUGCCCUCUCCAUGCUUACUGUUAUACCGACUUCUCUGUUCGGUGCGAGCAGGACUAUAUUCUCAAGCCUCACCCUCUAGCUUUAUGGGGUAUCGUCCCUCUACCGCCUACUUGCGAACCUGACGGUGCAAGGGUUCGUCGAGUCCAAGCUGUCGCGGAUAAAGCAAUCGAAGAGCUCCGUGAACAAACCGCCAAGUAUGAAUGUGGCGAACCAAUCAACGAGGAAGGAGAAAAACUGGAAACGCCGGCAGUCGAGCAACAGGCAUUGAAGGAUAUUAUCAACAAGAAGAGAAGUAAGAAGAUGAACAACCAAGAAUUCGAAGACCUCUGGGGUGCUGCGCUUGGUGAGAUUAAGACGAGAGAGGAGGUACAGGUUGAAACCACCGAUUCCGGAGGUAUUUCAAACACCUACCUCACGUCCACCUCUCUCGCUCGAAUUUCACUCACCUGCGCCCUCCGACGGUCAGUCCGGCUCGGCGUGGCAAGAUAUCGACUCCAUAUUAGUGCUGUGAUAGCCUUUAUCUUGACAGCCAUCUACGCACGAUACCGGUAUAGAGCCAUCCGAGCGGCCGCUGCUCAAGUUCCAGCAUUGGUCGAUCUCGUGCUCGAGAGAUUGGCGAACCAGAAGCAACUGGGAGACGAGGAUCUCGAUGAUCCAUGGCUAUUUCUUCCGAACCUACGCGACGAUGUCUUGAGAUCGGUCCAUUCGCUUUCGGAGCGCGAGAAGAUUUGGCAGCGAGUUCGAGCUGUCGUCGAGCAGAACAGCAACGUCCGAACUGGCCAGCGCGAGGGUCGCAGCGGCGAGAUGGGAAGAGCUUGGGAGUGGAUCGGCCCUACCGCGGGCGACCCCAGCAGCAGGCGACGGAGAAGCAAUCGCGCCUCAUACGGACCGGAUACCAGCGUGGAUUCGCCGGCAGGAGAUGGACACCAUCAAAAGUGGGAGGAGCCUCGACCGAUUUACUAGGUCUUAGGUAACUAGGAAAGGGUGUCUGACAAUGUGCGCGCGCGUGUCUAAUGGGGGAUUGGGAGGCGACGGCGGGGAUUAGUUCAUCGGCAGGCGUUCAGGAUUUGGGUUAUUCCCCCUUACGCGGCUUUGCUCUUUUCACAGACAGGACAGGACAGGACA